UCUGACAGACCAUCUAUCUGUGUAUAUUGUCCAGUCUUUUUUUUUCUUACAAGCAACCACCAAGCCACUUUAAAAAUACUAUACCUUUAAACAGUAAUUAAAAGUAAUUAUUGUUUUUUUUUUGGCUACAAUAAAAUUUUACCAAAGUGGAGAAAAUGGGUUCCGAUGAUGCAAGCACAAAUUCCAGUGAAGCAUUUGACAGGGGCGAUCGCAUACAGAAGGGUUUUCAAAUAAACUAUAUGAUUUUACGCGAUGCUGAUACGGGAAAGGUUAUUUGGCAGGAAAACAAAGAUUUCUCCUCGCCCGAUGUCGAACAUGAAGCACGAGUACCGGUCAAAAUUUUGGAUCUGAGAGCGGUAUCAAGAGAAAUCAACUUUAGCACCAUUGAGGCGAUGGAAAACUUUCGUUUAGAUCAAAAAGUACUCUUUAAAGGCCGCAUUAUGGAGGAGUGGUUUUUUGAAAUGGGUUGGGUUGGAGCGAAUACAACAAAUACAUGGCAAUCUACCAUAGAAGCCGCGCCUGAGUCACAAAUGAUGCCUGCCAAAGUUCUGAACGGCAACGUCACUAUUCAAACCAGUUUCUAUGACAACGAUACCCUCAUCACCAAAUCUGUGGUACGACUUUACUACAUAUAGACAGCUUCUCAAGUGACCUCGACGACGACGACGAUGAAUAUAACAACAACUGGCUGCUGCUCAUAAUAAAGUCAAGCUGAAAUAUAUGCCAUCUUUUAACUCAAAAAAAAAAUCGUUGAAUUUUUGGAGCUAUUCCCAAUGCCACUGGGAACGAAUGAAUGUUCGCAUGUUUGUCUCCGGUAUGGACACUAAUGAAAUUGUUAAGCAUUUCUUUUUAACUAUUUAUAUUUAUGGUUUAUACACAAAACUAAAACACCCACACAUACACACACAAACACUAAAUAAGUAUUGCGCUAAAUGUGUGUGACUAUAUUUAAAACAAAAAAAUUGUUGCAUUUCUUGAAAAUAGAAAUUAUUAUUGCUGCGCUGCCGCUGCUCCCUCAUUGGGACAAUCUCAAUUGUGUUAGGUGUUCUUCUUUCGCGUUUAGUUAGCAUCUCUCAUUUCUAAUCCUGCUAUUAAAAUAAGCAAUAAUUCUAGAUAAAUAUAAUAAUUUUAAUAUUAAUAUGCCAUAUACAUAAGUAUGUAUGUUUUAUUUAUACAUUGUAUUAAAAAAAACAUUUGUUUUCAUAAUACUAAUAUGAUUUAAACAAAAAAAAAAAGUAAAUAAAAACAAAUGCAAUUUUCUGUUAACCCAAAUA